UAUGGACCGAUAGGCGAACAGCCUAAAACCUUGGUCCCUCUGUGUCAGUAUCUGUCUAUUGUCCUUAGACGCCUGUGACGUCACCGUAUUGGUUGUCGGACAUGUGCCAGAUGUGAUCCUCUUCCCAAGUGACUUUCUGUGUUAGUGGGGAAUGCCUUGAUUCACCCUCCCGCCGAAAGAAAAACAAACCAUUCGAUAUUUCAUUAAAUAUAUGCAAUACCCGACUGAUGCCCAGAGAAGAAAAAAUACUCUCUUGUCUAUUUUCUUUCCAUUUGCCUUUGUUGACAUUCACGGUCAAUUUAUAUCUACAAUAAAGACAAAGGGAGUAGGACCAGCGUGGCCAGGCCGAGAUCCGGAAGCCAUCCCAGGAUCCUCUGAAGUAAAACGGAGGCAUUGUUUUUCUCUCUGUGGUAAGGUCUUAUCUGAACAGUCCCUAUGUCCAACAUGAGCUGGAGUUUUCUCACACGCCUCCUGGAAGAGAUCCACAACCACUCCACUUUCGUGGGGAAGGUGUGGCUCACGGUGCUCAUCGUCUUCCGCAUCGUGCUGACGGCCGUGGGGGGCGAGUCCAUCUACUCAGAUGAGCAGUCCAAGUUCACGUGCAACACAAAGCAGCCGGGCUGCGACAACGUCUGUUACGACGCCUUCGCCCCGCUCUCGCACGUCCGAUUCUGGGUCUUCCAGAUCAUCAUGAUUUCCACCCCGUCUGUCAUGUACUUGGGCUACGCCAUCCACAAGAUCGCCCGCGUCUCUGAAGACGAGCGGCGGAGGCCGCGGCGCUCACGCAAGAAGCCCCCCGCCGUCAAGUGGAAUGCCAACCGCUCCAUGGAAGAGGGGCUCGAGGAGGAUGAAGACGAGGAGGAGCCCAUGAUCUAUGAAGAUGCCCUCGAAGUACAGGAGCCCAAGCCCGACCUUGCCGUGUUUCCCAGCCGGGACCAGCCGAGACAUGAUGGCCGACGCAAGAUCAGGCAAGAGGGCUUGAUGAAGACCUACGUGCUUCAGCUCCUCGCCCGUGCCGUCUUCGAAGUUGGCUUCCUUGUUGGCCAGUACCUGCUGUAUGGUUUCCGUGUAAACCCUUCAUACAUCUGCAACCGCGUCCCCUGUCCCCACAAUGUCGACUGUUUCAUCUCUCGGCCAACAGAGAAGACCAUCUUCCUCCUCAUCAUGUAUGUGGUCAGCUGCCUUUGUCUGCUUCUCAACGUCUGUGAGAUGGCCCACUUGGGCAUCGGCUCGUUCCAGGACAUGCUCCGCAAACGAAGGAACAAGGGCACCCGGACCUCCUACAACUACCCCUACACUCGGAACAUUCCGGCUUCCCCCCCAGGUUACAACCUAGUGGUGAAGGCAGACAAGUCUGACGCGGUCCCCAACGGCCUCAUCGGUCAUGAGCAGAAUCUUGCCAAUGCGGCACAGCAGCAGCAGUGCACUAGCCCGGAUGAAAACAUCCCCUCAGAGUUGGCUAGUCUCCAUAGGCACCUCCGUGUAGCGCAAGAGCAACUGGACAUGGCAUUCCAGACGUACAACAGCAAAGGCCAGCCGCAGCCCUCCCGGACCAGCAGCCCUACCUCAGGGGGCACCAUGGCAGAGCAAAACCGCGUCAACAUGGCGCAGGAAAAACAAGGAGCCAGACCCAAAUCCAGCACAGAAAAAACAGGGACGGUUAUAAAAAACGGAAAGACAUCUGUAUGGAUUUAAAACUGCUCAGCAUUCAGACUGAUUAUGAUUCAGUUACGUUCUCUGCGUUAUUUAACUUUCUUAUGAGUCAUUCUUUGAUAGGACUCGCACGCCUAUCAUAAAGGAUUAGAAGAUGCUUUCACUUUCCCUUUCAGUUGAUCUAAGCAGUUCUUAACUGAAUCUCCUUUGAACCAAACUCUCCCCAACUAAUCGAAAACAGAGCAGUGAUUUGUUCUCUUAUCAGAGGUAAGAAACCUGUGAUCAAAGUUGAGAAGUGGAUGGAAGAAAGGCAAAGACAUGCUAGGUUUUGUGCAAGGUACCAUCAGGAAUUAGGCCUGCAAAUUCCUCAGCGCCGUUGCAGUUCAUGUUUGCCCCGAGCAGAUGGUUGAGAUGGCUCAGAAGACCUUCGGAGUAUUUAUGGAAACUUGGCACUGAGAUAAAUAUAUUGUACGUAAACGUUGGGGCAGCAGGUGUUACAUGUACUGGCCAGAAAGAAAAUAUCCACAAAUCCAAGGGGCUUAAUUGUUCAAGGCCUUGUCAGGAUUUCUGCGCCUUUUCUUUGGGUGAUGUAAAUUAUUUAGAACAAUGGAUACUUCACAAUUCUAUCUUGUUUCUUUUUUUUCAAACUUUGUCCUGGUUUAAGUGCAAAUUUUUCAGGCCUCGAAAAUGAAAACUCAGCAGUUUUCUUGAACGGUCAAUCAUAAAUUUUGGCAUAUAUUGUGUCUUAGUCAUAUUUCGUCUUCUCUGUUCAGAAAAAGAGCUCAGACUGCCUUCUUCCUUCUGCCUUGUUGUGGACCAACUUGUGUGUAAGUGCCAGUAUUAUAAUUCAUCAAUCACACAGCCCUUUUCAUUUAAAAAAAAUCCUUCUAUAUAAUAUGUAAAUUAUUUGACUGACAAACUGUAUUAAGUAUUAAAUGAAUGGUGAUCUGUGUUGCUAAUUUAUGGAAUCUUUAUCUAUACAGAUGUAUUAGGCCAGUUGUUAAUUGAAUUGUUGAUAGAAUUGUUCAUGCACUUGAAAAGUCUAUGCACGCUAUUUUAGCCAAAGAGGGGAGAAAAUUUGAUUGACUCUUCACUAUUUAUGCUGUGAGUGCUCACGACUAAAAUGAAGAAGGUUUUUAAUCAAUGAUCCCGUGACCACUCAAGACAGGAAACAGAAAUAACCAAGUACAGUAGAUAGAUUUGCAACAUUCACAGAACAAAAAAAUAACCUCCCUUCCAAUUUGCUAAUAGCAAAGCAGCUUGACAUUUCCAGUACAAAUGUCCUUCCAGAGGAUGUAAUUUUUAUUAUUUUCACAUGGUAAUGACUAGAGGAGAGGAGCAACACCAAGCAUAAGAGCACAGUUGUAUAUUUCCCAGAGUGUUAUGUUUUUGGUACAGGUUAGCUUAGUACAGCGCCUGCAAAAGGCCUACUUUGGAAAGGACAAAAGGUACAUGGUGGUAAUUUCUCAGCAAACUCCGAAGGAAAUGUGCGGUUUUUGACAUUUCAAAUUAAGAAGCUCAGCUGGUAUAUGAGCUCACUCCAGUGAUUCAUUAUUAGGGAUAAAGUUUCUUUGUAACAUUUCGAACUGUAAUAUGGAUUUAUUUAAUUGUUUUAUCUUACAGUAUGUGGAUACAUGUUAAAGUGGAAGUGUUUGACUUGGUUGUAUUUUGAUGGACUGGUUUGACAUGCAUAGUUUUUUUUCAUAAUAAUUAUACUGUGAUUAAAUAAAAGCAAUAAUUCUUUUAAUGAACGUAUAGGGUUAAAUAUUCUUACAUUUUUUUUAGCAGAUAUGCUUCCAAAGACAUUCUGUUCAUGAUGUCCUUUAACGUAUAUCCCGAAUUCUCAAUUCAAUGUGACAUGUAUUUGAGUAGCCGAAAGAGACUAACCCCUACUGCUGUAAUAGGUGGUUAUGGUAAGAGACCAAAGGUUCAACUGGUACCAGCAGGAAAAGUGUCCGGCUGUGAUGAGCAUAGACUCCAUGCAGGCGCCAUACUCAUCCGUGGAAAACGUGUAUUUUCUGAGCAUUUUUCAUUAAUGGUACAGCUGCAGCAGCAUUUAUAGUAUAAGAUACUGAUUAAAGAGCAACAUGUUAGCCAACAUUGAUUCGUUUAGCAGACGAAAUGGAGCCCUGAGGCAGAUAAUACUUCACAGCACUGGCUAAUUUGUGUUCCAAGACUAUAACACCAUGCUUGCAAAGCACGUCAUGAGCUGUCAUAAAGAAUAAAGUAAGGGUUUCUUAUCUCUGUGUACGUGUCACAGUACUGCGCAAAGAACACAGUUUUUCUGAGAGGGACAGUAUAUUUGUACAUUUUGCAUCUCUAGCUUUCUGCUACAGAUUUGUAGUACAGCAAGUCUUUUAACUACCUUUGGCUCUUUUAAAUCUAGACUACAGGCCCAACAACAGAACUUCACAGAGACGUUCACGUCUAAAUAGCUCCAACACUGUGCCUUACCCAGCAUUGCAACUGUAGAUGUUCAACUGAAACAUAUUUAGGACAUUUAAAGUUCAUGAUGAGUUUAUCUAUGCAUUGAUAGCGAAUCGCUAAUCACCCAGCAACAUAUAUCACUGAAAUGUUCAACAUCCUGAAGAAAACAAUUAGCUUUUGUGUUGAUUUAUCAAGUUUUUUUUCUUUCAAUAUGAAGCAAAAGUAGGAUGGUAAAUAACAAAUUACUAAUACAAGAUAAUUUCAUCUUUUAAUGUCUGAAUAAAACGUGUGUGGUCACCUUGUUUUCUGUUUGUAAAUAUAGCACAAAUCGUAAACUUUGAUUAAAACAGUAAUAAUGUAGUCAUUGUAUGGAAUCUUUUGUCUAGUGACCAAAUAACUAGUGACUAUAUUUAAAUUUUGUUUGCUACUGGAAGUACUUGAAUUAUUAAAAUAACUUGGACUUUUGAAAAGUUAAAAACUCACUCACUUUGAUCCUAAAUAUAAAUCAGGCACUUUCAUCUUCAUUUAGCUUUUUCCUACAGUUAUUCCAUCGUCAUCAUUGUCAGUAUCCAAGUGAAAACAUCGCAAUAAUUUGUAAAUAAGUACUUUGUUUUAUUAUGUGUCCAUGCACCAUUAGAUGCUGAAUUCCUGUUCUUUUUCUAUAUAUUUCUUAAAAAUGAUGGUUAAUAUGCAUAUCUUUCUAUUUUAUGAA